AUGGUUCCGGCCGUCGAAAAAAUCUUGGAACAAUUUCGCGAAAGAUUCGGACGUUAUCUCAAAGUCGUUCAAUUUGACGAAGGGAAAGAAUUUUAUAAUAACGGUGUCAAAGGUUUACUGGAAAAACACGACAUUCAUUAUUUUUCGACGCCGUCGACUGGAAAAAAAGCGGCCGUCGUCGAAAGAUUCAACAGGACGUUAAAAACAAGAAUGUGGAAAUAUUUUACCGAACAACAAUUUACGACCAAGUCUAAAAAAUGGAUCGACGUUCUGCAUAAUUUUGUCGCGUCGUAUAAUCAUUCGAAACAUCGUACGAUCGAUAUGAAACCUGCCGAUGUGAACGAAACCAAUAAGGAUAAAGUCUGGACGAAACUUUACGGUUAUCCACUAUCUCAUUUUCCGACCCCAAAAUUUAAAGUCGGAGAUCGUGUCCGAGAUCAAAUUUAUCGCAAAACUUUCGAUAAAGGUUACACCCAGAAUUAUACCGACGAUGUUUACGUUGUGUCGGAAGUGUUUCGUGGCGAUCCGAACAUGUAUAAAAUCAUCGAUCCCGACUAUGACGAUCGUGAAAUCAAAGGGAGAUUUUACGAGCAUGAAUUAUCGUUGGAUCUAAGUGGUAAAUAAACUAUGGCCAAAGCUAUCAAACUCGAUGAGAUCGGACGGGAUUAUGAUUGGGAUCCGUGGGAAGAGGAUGAAUACGAUGAUAUAAAUUUAAACGAUGACCUGUACGAAACGGCGCUGGAUGAUUUAGAUCGACAGGACGAUGAAAAAUGGUUGUUAGAUUUUAAAAGACAGAAUGAAAAUGAUAAGGCUAGAAAAAAAAAGAGGGAAACAAAUUCUUUGUAUACGACCGGAUCAUCCUCCGGUCUGAAAUCCGAGUAUAUGAAAAAACUUUUUGAGAACGACUAUCAAUUAAAUCCGAACGAUGGACCUCGUUCCAAAGAUUUAUUUUCCCGACUGGAUGUUGUUGAUAAAUACUGGUUGACGUUCGAUGGAACCAAAGUAGCUUUUAUCGAUAGAAAUGGAAAAUACUUCCUGUCGAAAGAUACAUCCAACGCACAAGGACUAAGAGAUUUUAGAACUGCCUUCGAAAAAGCAACGGAAGAACAUAAAAAUAAGUUCGUCAGUAUCGUGGAAGAAGAAAUUCCGGAUGGAAAUCCAUCGAUCCACGACGAUAUUUCCGACGACGUACGUGAUGAAAUUCAUAAUGAAAAUAUCGACGAUAAUCUUGAAUUUCACGAACGUGUUUUACAGUUUCAUCGCGACGGAAAAUUUACCGAACAGGAAUCCAGGGAAUUGGUUGGAAUUACCGUUCCCAAAGGUGAACCUAACGAACGAAUUAAAUUUUUAAAAGUAGAACGUCAAAAACUUAAAACAGAUUUUGAAACCGAAUCCGAUGAUGAACGCAAAGAUAUUUUUCGCGAAGCGUUAGAGAUCGUCGAUCAAAAUAUCAACGAUGCAAGACUGGAAAUGCGCGAACGUCCCGAAUCCGAAGAAGGUGUGCAUCGCGUUCGAGAAAAAGUUCGCGAGGAUGUAAGAACGAGAUUUGAGAAAUUUAAAAUUUGGGCCAGAGAAAAUUUAGGAAUUUUAUCUGCGAUCGCUAUUUCCAUCGCCGAAAUUAUUACGACCGUCGUCGUCGCCGGAAAAAAGACGUUGGUCGGUGCUGCAAAAGGCGUGGGCGAAGUUGAAAAAGCGUUGGGAAAAAUUGCGAAAGCUGCCCUUCCCGUUCUAAUUCCCAUCCUGAAUAUGUUAGCGACCGUUUUAAAAUGGGGUGCGAAAGGAAUAGAAUUUCUUGCAAAAAACUUAUGGAUUCUCGCCAUUCUCAUCGCAGGAUACUUGUACAAUUAUUUCACGAAGAAAAAAUAA